AUGACUUCCACGAAUCCGACUGAGGCAGAAGAAGACCUUUUGACUGAAGACGGAGGAACACAUGAUGCUCAAUCCACGCACGAGCUGCCAGAGACACAACAGCCUACCGGAACAGAUGAAGUGGACCAAGGAAGACUCACAUUUGCAGUCAAUGAAAAGGAGUCUGAGUCUUCAACACACGAGCCCGAACCAUCCUCUCCACUGUCUUCAUCAUCAGAACAGCACGUGAUUGAGGCCUUCAGGUGUAAUCCGGAAGAUGUAAAGCAGACGCUGAGCGAGAUUUUUGAUCAUGAAGGACGACGGGACUGUGAAGCAGAGGAGAUGAUGCCGGCGGUGGUGAUCACACGAGCUGAGGAGGUGUCUUCAGAGCAAGUGGAAGAUGUGUUUUUCUCUGUUUCCCACACUGACUGCAGUGGUACAGCAAGUCCCAGCGAUGGCACUGAGCUCAGCGGCAGUGACCUGUUGUCCUUAAAGAGUGACACACUUUCUCUGAUCAGUGAAACUAACAUCUCAUGCAAGAGCGAUGUGGAGGACGACACUCGCAGCGUCACGGCGUCUUCAGUUCUGUCGCUCUUUCCUCGUGUUCAGAUGGAGCCCAUAGAGCGGGAUUGGCUGCGCUGUGCUGCUCUGGGAAACGCCACUACAUUGUACCUGCUUCUGCAACAGGACCCAACACUCGUCAGCAGAAAGACGGCGCUCCACUGGGCAGCGAAGCAAGGUCGCGUGGAGACGGUGGACAUGAUGGCACGGCGCGGGGCCGACAUUAACCAGAGAGCAGGUUACACACCGCUUCAUCUGGCUUCAAUCCAUGGACAUGAGCAGGUCCUUCAGCUCCUCAUCAAUAUCUACAAUGCCAAAGUCAACAUCAGGGACUAUCACGGGAAGAUGGCGGCUCACUACUGGAACGGCAGCAAGGAUGUCUUUGCUGAACACAGAGCUCAAUCUGCUGGCAGCUGGCCGAGGGGGAGGCGGAGCCAGAGCUACAUGCAGCUGUCGGUCCUGCUGUCUCGCUCUCAGAGUAACAGAAACAUCAGCGCAGAGACGGACGGAUGUCCACUAAACCACUCUCCUUCAUCCUGAUACGACACACCACACACCACUAACACUUUACACCAUAGCUUCAUUUUUAAAAUAAUCUCAUCGUGUUUAUAAAGCAGGUCACAUUUCUAAACAAUAGUUUUAUGAACUCAUUUCUAAUAACUGAUUUAUUUUAUCUUUCCCAUGAUGACAGUAAAUAAUAUUAGACUAGAUAUUCUUCAAGACACUAGUAUUGAGCUUAAAGUGACAUUUAAAGGCUUAACUAGGGUAAUUAGGGUAAAGUUAGGGUAA